AUGACAAUUGAAAUUCCAUUUCUGUUGUUUCUCCUUGCUCUUCCUCUUGUAUUAGCUGAUCUCAGGCUUGGGUUUUACCAAUCAACUUGCCCUCAAGCAGAAUCUAUAGUCCUAAAAGUUGUGCAAAAUCGAUUUAAAACUGAUAGAUCGAUAACUGGAGGCUUGCUUCGCAUGCAUUUCCAUGAUUGCUUUGUUAGGGGUUGUGAUGCAUCAAUUCUCAUAGACUCAACUAACCAAAGACAAUCGGAGAAAGAUGCAGGGCCGAAUGAAACAGUUCGAGGGUACGAGCUAAUUGAUGAGAUAAAACAAUCCUUAGAAAUUGCUUGCCCUAAAACAGUUUCUUGUGCGGACAUAAUAACACUUGCAACUAGAGAUGCUGUGGUUCUAGCAGGAGGCCCUAACUAUACUGUGCCUACUGGAAGACGAGACGGGCUAGCUUCGAAUAUAGAAGAUGUCAACUUACCAGGACCAACAGUCACGGUUUCUGAAGCAUUUCAGGUUUUUAGGGCUAAAGGGCUAAGUUUCGGUGACAUGGUAACCCUAUUAGGUGCACAUACAGUUGGUUUUGCUCACUGUAGUUUCUUUACGGACAGGCUUGCAACUUUUCAAGGUGGUGCGGCGCCUGAUCCUACAAUGGAUUCUAGUUUAGCUUCUAAUCUUAGUAAGAUUUGCGGCUCUGAUCCUAAUAGGGACCCAACUGUGUCAUUGGACCAAAGCACAGGUUUUACAUUUGAUAAUGAAUAUUAUAAGCAGCUUCUUUUGAAAAAAGGGAUUUUGCAGAUUGAUCAAGAACUUGCCAUUGAUAGAUCAAGUGCAAGAACUGUUUUGAGCUUUGCAAGGAAUGGGAAUGCAUUUAAGAAAUUGUUUGGUAAUGCAAUGGUUAAAUUGGGAAGAACUGAGGUUCUUGUUGGAAAUGAUGGAGAAGUUAGGACAAACUGUAGAGUUUUCAAUGCCCAAAAGAAAGUAAAUCCUGCCCAAAAAUAA